CCGGUCGAUUCACUCGGCCGGGCGCCGCGGAUCCCGGGCGCGGAAUCCCUGAACUGUGAGUAAGAAACUUCGCGAGCGAGUUCGUCUUUCGGAACCCGUCGAACACAAUGGCGGGGAACUUGUGUGUGUGAGCGAGGGCGGUGCGCUGGUAGUACUGGUGCCGCAGUGAAAGAAGCCGAAGAGCUGCGGAGACAACCACCUCUCAAGAGUGGAGAGGGACGUUGUGCGAGAGAAACCACCCGGGUGUACGUCCCAGAGCGGACCCGGGAGGGGUUUUCCGGGCCUGCGACGUCAGCGCUGCAACGCUGUCCCCGCCGUGACGCUCCGUGGGGAGGGAUCCUGCCCAACUCCGCGUCCAGCGCUCGCGCCGACUUGACCUAUUCGCCGGGAGACAGGGGAGGCGGGGCUUGCGAUGUCUGGACCUGUCAUUUACUCCAUCCUUUAUAGUGAUGCUACAGAACAGAAAGGAAUGGAUAAAAAUAUUGGCGAGCAACUCAAUAAAGCUUAUGAAGCCUUUCGACAGGCAUGUAUGGAUAGAGAUUCUGCAGUAAAAGAGCUACAGCAAAAGACUGAGAACUAUGAGCAGAGAAUACGUGAGCAACAGGAACAGCUGUCACUUCAACAAACUAUUAUUGACAAGCUGAAAUCACAGUUACUUCUUGUGAAUUCCAGUCAAGAUAACAGUUUUGGCUAUGUUCCUCUGCUUGAAGACAGUGAAGCAAGAAAGAAUAAUUUGACUCUUGAUCAGCCACAUGAUAAAGUAAAAUCAGGAAUACCAAGAGAAAAAGAAUUAAAGGUAAGAAGACAAGAGGUUUCUUCUCCUAGAAAAGAAACUUCACCAAGGAGUCUUGGCAUUCCUUUAUUCCAUGAAAGGGCUUAUAUAGAGAAGACUUUCCAGGAUCUAAAAGAAGAAUUUCACAGAAUAUGCAUGCUAGCAAAAGCACAAAAAGACCACUUAAGCAAACUUAAUGUACCAGCCACUGCAACUGAAACACAGUGCUCUCUUCCUGUACAGUGUACGGAUACAACAGAUAAACAAGAAGAGCUGUUUAAGCCUCAGGCUAAAGAUGAUGUAAAUAGAGGUGCACCAUGCAUCACAUCUGUCACACCGAGAGGACUGGCCCGAGAUGAGGAAGAUACCUCUUUCGAAUCACUUUCUAAAUUCAAUGUCAAGUUUCCACCUAUGGACAAUGACUCUACUUUCUUACAUAGCACUCCAGAAAGACCCAACAUCCUUGGUCCUGCCACAUCUGAGGCAGUGUGCCAGGAUAAAUUUAAUAUGGAGUUCAGAGACAACCCGGGAAACUUUGUUAAAACAGAAGAAACUUUAUUUGAAAUUCAGGGAAUUGACCCCAUAGCAUCAGCUAUACAAAACCUUAAAACAACUGACAAAACAAAACCCUCCAAUCUUGUAAACACUUGUAUCAGGACAACUCUGGAUAGAGCUACGUGUUUACCACCUGGAAACCAUAAUGCAUUAUAUGUAAAUACAUUACCACUUCAGGAACCAUCCGAUGCACCUUUUCCUUCACUUGAUUCCCCGGGAAAAGCUAUCCGAGGACCACAGCAGCCCGUUUGGAAGCCCUUUCCUAAUCAAGACAGUGAUAUAUCAUCGGUACUAAGUGGCACAGGCUCAGAACUGCAUAUACCUCGAGUAUGUGAAUUCUGUCAAGCAGUUUUCCCACCAUCCAUUACAUCCAGGGGGGAUUUCCUCCGGCAUCUUAAUUCACACUUUAAUGGGGAGACUUAAGAUGCAUUUGAAAACAGCUCCGUGUAAUGAUUCUAUGUGAUCAUCAGGUUCUAUGUGAUGAUCUUGGGUUUGUAAUACUAUAAAUACUUGAUUGAAAACUUAGUUCAAGAUCGUUCAUUGAAAAAUAGCUAUGUCACAGCUAUUUGAAUUUUUUCCUAAACUUAUAUUGUAACUUUCUUUUAUUAACUUUUAUGGAUCAUUCUGUAUAAAACUGUAAUUCAUUGCAUUCAUGUUUACAGUGUUUAUUACCUUAAUUUAUGUUUGUUUCAAAUGUCUAAGCUUAUUGCUUGGAUUUCUAGUUAAAUUUAUUAAAUUUGGUGAUGUCAAA